CCUGGCUUGCCUUCCUGCCUGCCUCCCUCAAAGCCUGGGAUUCGGAGGCGCCGCACCCCGCCGGGGAUCUUUCGCCCAGGAUCCUUCCCGCUCGGGUCCUUUCCCGGCCUCCGCUCCCCUCCUCUUGGGGGGGGGGUUCCCGCUCUUCUUCGACGCCCUCUUCUCCUGGCGGCUCUGGUCCCUGGAAUCUUGCGUUAUCUUUCUUGCUGAACAUUAAAACAAUAUAAGUCUCUUGCUGAAACAACUCACUUGUCUAAAGGGCAUCAUUGAAAAGGUCUGCAGCACUGGAUCAGAAAAGCUGUAAUGCAGCAGCCCAUGUUAUGAAACCUACCUGCUGAGUUGGAAUCUCAUGAAAAAGUGAGACACAGAACAGAGAAAGCAUAAUGUACUAAAUGUGGAUCCAGUACUUACUGAAGAAGAGAUCUUUUCACCUUUCAAGAUGUCAAUACAGUAGCAAAUGAAGAAGUCAAAGUGCAUCAAGUGGACAAAAUUGAAGAUUAGCACGAAAAAACCGCUAGAACCAUGGCUGCAGCAGCAGAUGGCUUGGGAAGCAUAGCUAUAGAUACCACACAACUUAACAUGUCAGUCACAGAUCCAGCAGCUUGGGCAACUGCUAUGAAUAACCUGGGUAUGGUUCCAGUGGGAUUAACUGGACAACAGCUUGUGACGGAUUCAAUGUGUGUACGGGGUUUUGAUCCAAACCUAAGCAUGAUGACAGGAAUAACUCCAAUUAAUCCCAUGUUAUCAGGAAUGGGAUUGGUACCUCAACCACCACCAACAGAGGUGCCUGUCAUCAAAGAAAUCAUACACUGUAAAAGCUGCACACUUUUCCCUCCAAACCCAAAUCUUCCACCACCAUCAACAAGAGAGAGACCUCCUGGAUGUAAAACUGUCUUUGUUGGAGGAUUACCAGAAAAUGCUACUGAGGAAAUUAUUCAGGAAGUCUUUGACCAGUGUGGUGAAAUCACAGCAAUUCGGAAAAGCAAGAAGAAUUUUUGUCACAUUCGUUUUGCAGAAGAGUUCAUGGUUGAUAAAGCAAUUUACCUUUCUGGUUAUCGCAUGAGAUUAGGAUCUAGCACAGACAAAAAGGAUUCAGGUCGCCUUCAUGUUGAUUUUGCUCAGGCAAGGGAUGACUUUUAUGAAUGGGAAUGUAAGCAAAGGAUGUUGGCCAGAGAGGAACGUCACAGGCGCAAAAUGGAAGAAGAUCGAAUGCGACCUCCCUCUCCUCCAGCGAUAAUGCAUUAUUCAGAACAUGAAGCAACUUUGCUGGCUGAAAAACUGAAAGAUGACAGCAAAUUUUCAGAAGCCAUUACAGUGUUGCUUACCUGGAUAGAGCGUGGCGAGGUAAACCGUCGCACAGCCAACCAGUUCUAUUCAAUGGUACAAUCGGCUAACAGCCAUGUCCGACGGCUUAUGAACGAAAAAGCAACUCAUGAACAAGAAAUGGAGCAAGCAAAGGAAAAUUUUAAAAAUGCCUUAACAGGGAUCCUCACUCAAUUUGAGCAGAUUGUGGCCGUUUUCAACGCCUCCACCAGACAAAAAGCCUGGGACCAUUUCUCGAAAGCUCAGCGCAAGAACAUAGACAUUUGGCGAAAGCACUCUGAGGAACUCAGGAAUGCUCACAGUGAACAACUCAUGGGGAUUCGGCGGGAGGAAGAAAUGGAAAUGUCUGAUGAUGACAGUACUGACAAUCCCAGUAACAAAAAACUUAGAGUUGACGAAUCAGCAUUAGCUGCUCAAGCUUAUGCACUGAAGGAAGAGAAUGACAGUCUCCGAUGGCAACUGGAUGCCUAUCGCAACGAGGUGGAACUCUUAAAGCAAGAGAAAGGGCAGCUCUUCCGAACUGAAGAAAGCCUGACAAAGGACCAGCAGCUACAGUUCUUGCAACAGACAUUACAAGGCAUGCAGCAGCAACUGUUGAAACUCCAGGAAGAACUAAACAACAAAAAAUCUGAACUUGAGCAAGCCAAGGAAGAGCACAUGCACACACAGGCCAUGCUGAAGAUUCUUCAGGAGCAGUUAAAAAAAAAUACCAUGGAGUUAGCAGAGACUAAUGGCCAUGACGAAUCUCAGGCAAAUGAAAUCAAUGUGCUGACAGUCCCAUUGGUCAACCAAGACAGAGAAAAAAAAUCCGAGAAGCGAAGCCAACCACUAAAAUCAGAGAAAGAAGCGCUCUUGAUAGGCAUCAUAUCAACAUUUCUUCACGUCCAUCCUUUUGGAGCAAAUAUAGAAUAUCUUUGGUCUUAUAUGCAACAAUUGGAUUCCAAGAUCUCUGCCAGUGAAAUAGAAAUGCUUUUGAUGAGGCUUCCACGCAUGUUUAAGCAAGAGUUUUCUGGUGUAGGAGCAACACUAGAGAAAAGAUGGAAGUUCUGUGCCUUUGAAGGAAUCAAAACAACUUGACUAUGGACUGGAAUGGAGCCGAGUGUUUCCUGGGGCAUGAGCUAGCCAAAGUAUUAGAAGGAGAGAAUUAGGUUUGGCAUAUACAUUUCCAGAAUGCUCCAAGCCUGGUUUUAGUUGCAUUUGUGAUGUCCUCGUGUGAAAAAUGUAGUUGUGUGCCAGUUCCAAAAAGAAAAAAAAAAGGGGGGGGAGGGCUUCUGAAAUGUGACAAAUCUGUUUCCUAUGAAAACUAAAAAGAAGAUAUUACAAUCAUAAUGAUGUCAUUCUUUAAAAUAUGCUCCUAAAAUUAGCUCACUGAGUGAAUAGAAUGAAGAAUUCCCAGUUACCAAGCUCCAGCAAUUUAUAUAUAAUAUGUAGUAGAUCUUCCUCAAGUUCCAUUCCUAAAAGUCUUUCCGUUUAGUAAGAAGAUAAAAGUGAUUCUACAGUGAAAGAAAGCAUACCAAAAGCAAACUUGAAAAUGUGUCUCAACAGUUAUUGUAUUUUGUAAAUUAAGUUAUCUGCUGUACCAGGGACUUUUGCCUUAUUGCUAGAGGCCUGAAAAAAUGUGAUUGAAUUCCUUGAGAAUGCUUUAUCCAAAAUAUUAUUUUUCUAAUGUAACUAUUCUCCAUUCUGAGUUCAUUUAACAUGGAUUGCAUAUUGAUUUUCAUAAAUGUGUAAAUAAAGAGGAAGGCAGUGUUACUGUAUUGUAUUUGGUAUGUAAUAUUCAGGAUUAUGCAUCCAAGAGUAAGUAUCCAGUUGCAUUACUAUUACAGAUUUUAUAGCAAAUAUAUUAAUUUUUUUCCAAUAAAUAGGACUUCUACCAUACUGCAUAUUUUACAAGCUGUUCUUUGAUUCUGCCGCCCUGUCUUCUUACAGUUUGUGAAUCAGACAUUUAUACAAUGGCCUUUACUAACUUCUGUAUCCCAGGAGUAAACUGAAGAGCGAUCUAGGGAGUGAAGACUGUCACUGUUGGGACAGCCACAACAUUUUUACCAUGUUAAUGAGUGGUUCCAAACCAGUAUCAAAUAGAUUACUGA